UGCAACGUGAAGUUAGUCGGGCACUGUCAGGAGAAGGUGCGUGCGGGUCAGUGACACGAAGUUGUUCAUGACAAUUAAACAAUACAUAAAGGAAGGAUGCACAGUUGUGGGGCGAGGCGGGCGACCUAAGUGAACGAAAAGGGUUAAAUAGAAGAAUGAGAAAGAAAAGUCCAUAGGCGGUAUGCGUUCAGCUACUAGAAUCAUGAUUGAGACCGUUAUUGCGCUAAGUAGAUUUUAGUUUGGCCCGCGCUUUGGGAAUUGAUUCAUUUGGAACCGCUGGGCGAUAGAUGUCUGAUGGCUGAAUACACACCUGGAUUUCUAUGGAUCACAAACCAGCGAAAAUGGAUUUCCUCGGGAGAGGACAUACGUGUAUGAAGAAGCCAAAUGAAAGUGCGAGAAAAUAGUUUUUGUAAACUGCUAUGAAGUUGAUUUUGAAAGUUUAAACAUACUUUUACGCGUAGGAACCUUGGGAAAUAGUCACCGGUGUGAAUCCGUUAUUAGACUAAAUUUGUUUACCUAAGUGCUUCACAAACCAAGUGCAUAAUUGAGCAACAGAAACAUGUAUCUCGGUAAAGCUCUUCUGUUGGUCCUUCUCCUAGACUACACGACCAUCAGUCUGUCUCUGUCAACAUGCGCCACGGUGGAUAUCGAUCAUGUGAAGCGGAAGAGGUUCGAGGCGAUACGGGGACAGAUACUGAGUAAGCUCCGGCUGACCAGCCCGCCACACUCCCUGGGACCCAGUCAGGUCUCCUACCAGAUCCAGUCGUUGUAUAACAGUACCCGGGAGCUGCUUGAGGAGUUGGGGAGAGACCAGCAGCAAAGUUGCGGCCAAGACAACACGGAGACCGAAUAUUAUGCCAAAGAGAUAUACAAAUUCAACAUGGUCCAGGGACCGCCAGAAAAUAAUGACCUUCCCUACUGUCCUAAAGGCAUCACCUCCAAAGUGUUCCGUUUCAACGUGUCGGCCAUGGAGAGGAACUCCACCAACCUGUUCCGAGCCGAGUUCCGUGUUCUCAGGGUUCCAAACUCUGCUGCCAAUAGGAACGAACAGAGGGUCGAGCUCUACCAGAUCCUGAGGCCAGACGAGCACAUAGCUAAGCAGCGCUACAUCGGAGCCAAGAACGUGCUGACCAAGGGAACGUCAGAGUGGGUCUCCUUCGACGUGACAGAGACGGUACGGGAGUGGCUGAUGUACAGAGAGACCAACCUGGGUCUGGAGAUCAGYGUACACUGCCCCUGCCACACCUUCAACCCCAACGGUGACAUCAUCGAUAAUGUGAACGAAGUGCUGGAGGUCAAGUUCAAAGGUAUGGAAGGGGAGUACGAGGAGCUGGGUCGUUGGGACCUGGGUCGUCUGAAGAAGAAGAAGAAGAAGAAGAAGCAGAAGGAGGAGUACCUGCCUCACCUCAUCCUCAUGAUGAUCCCUCCUCACCGCCUCGACUCACAGCCACGCAGACGCAAACGGGCUCUGGACACCGACUACUGCUUCUCCACCGUUGAGGAGAACUGCUGUGUCCGUCGUCUCUACAUCGACUUCCGUCGGGACCUGGACUGGAAGUGGAUCCACGAACCUAAAGGAUACUUCGCUAACUACUGUUCUGGGCCCUGCCCCUACCUGAGGAGCUCCGACACCACGCACACACAGGUGAGGAGCUCCGACACCACACACACACAGCUGCUGAGCCUGUAUAACACUCUGAACCCAGAGGCCUCAGCCUCUCCCUGCUGCGUUCCCCAGGACCUGGAGCCUCUUACCAUUCUCUACUACUCUGGACGUACCCCUAAAGUAGAGCAGCUAUCCAACAUGAUCGUCAAGUCCUGCAAAUGCAGCUGAGGAGGCCAGGAGUAGGUCUGAAGCCUGGGAGUAGGAUAGGGGGGAAUGGCCCACGUAGGUGACCAGUACAGUAUUGGGACACUCGAGCCAGUCGGCCUGCCUACCUGUGGAGGACUAGACUACCAACAUCCAGGAUAUUUGUAUUAAUCAACAAACUACGUGGCCUAGCGCUUAACACCACUUGAACUGAAGGGCCCCAUCCUUGUGUAAGGAGGACAUACUAUGCUAGACUUUGGGAUCCGAACUUCUUCAUUCUUUUUGAUUUGUUCAGUUUAGAGUUAGUAGUUUCCUUUUACAGUUUUCAAACUGCGGUUCCUUCCUUCCCUUCCUACAAACAAACUGGGUUCCUUCCUUCCCUUCCUACAAACAAACUGGGGUUCCUUCCUUCCCUUCCUACAAACAAACUGGGUUUCCUUCCUUCCUACAAACAAACUGGGUUCCUUCCUUGCUUCCUACAAAUAAACUGGGGUUCCUUCCCUUC